AAGGGUAAAGGAACCCUGCUCGAGCUGUGCACAUCGACGACGAUUCAAGGAAACAGCAUCGCCGUUCACGUACUGGAAUAUCUCAGUAUCGCCCAGACUCCUCCUCUUGGAUUUCGAGAAGUAGCCGUUGAAUUUCUGGAAGUCAGUCGGGUUCUAUUCACAGCCAGAGCUGGACUUUCAGAUGCCACUGGCCGUACUACAGCGACUUCCACAGUCGAAGUCAACCGGGACUUUCACGAGAAGGUCAAUCAAACUAAGAAUGUCUUCACAAUCUACGACCAGAUGGUCAACAAGCUCCUCUCCACGGAGAAGAAGCAGACGUUCGGAAAGCUGGGCAAAGGCCUUCGAUUGAUGUUUGCCGAUGGUGACAUGGAGAAGCUGAGGGUCAGCUUCAGUCAAUGCCGCGCUGCUCUCUCACUGGCUGGACACCUGUUCCCCGAGGCCAGAGCUGGACACAGUGUCGACGCUGCCUCAACGAUCGGAUACACGGCAUUGGCGGCUGUCAUGGAACGAGUUGACCCAAGCCGACCGGCAUCAAGCCAUGCAGUUUUGCCAAAGACCGGCCUACCACCGUCUCCACCGCCGACCAUCCCGCUUCCUUCAGCGCCUCUAUCAAUGCGCAGCGAGACCAGAAGCCCUCCCGUUGUCGCAAACGAGCCUUGGACACACAUGUCGCCUGUUCGUUCACCCGCCGAAUCGACUGGCACCGCCAGCACCUCUCGCAGCCAUGCCACAUUUGCCUCGUCGUUGCCUCGUUUCAGCAACGUGAGCUCAAUGAUUGGUGGUGGUCAUGGAGACAACGUUUUCGGCACCGCGGACAACAUGUCCGAUAUCACAGAUGCGACUUCGAUCAUUUCUAGGAUGGAUAUCUCGGACACCACUCGUCAGUCCUACGCCAACGGCGACAAGCUUCCUAAACAAGCAAUUCGCAUGAAGAUUGAUCCUACGAAAGCUCAGAGAUGGGCUCCAAAGAGGACGGUGGGCAACAUCACGGAAGCUGCAAAGACUGCAUUGGCGACGGCGGUUCACCAGAAGCAUCACAAGAUGAUUGAGCAGUUGCUUGAUCAGGGCGUACCCGCCAACAGCGCAAGCGGCAACAACCUCCUCUGCGACGCUGUCAUCAAUCACGACUUGGAGAGCGUUCGUCUCCUGCUCCUCUUUGGCGCCGACGCGAACGGCACGGACAAGGACAACUGUACGCCACUUUAUGCUGCCACCGGAGCAUCGUUUUUCGAAGCAGCACAAUUGCUCAUCAACUACAAUGCAAACCCAAAUCAAUCUGCUGGAAUGUACGGUGAAUCGCCGUUCGCCGUUUCCUUGUCGGACGCCAAAGCACCGUUCGCCCACAUGUACCUUCAAUAUGGUGCGGACCCAUCAGCAGUGAUGGAGAACGGCGACACCGCUUUCACCCAGUCCAUGAAUAAGUAUACACCUUCUUGGCUCAUUGAGCUGAUGCUCUUGUACUCGACUCCGGUCGAUGCCAAAAACGCUCGCGGUGAGACCGCCCUGUUCAAAGCCAUCAAUUCCGCCCGCCUGGAUCUGGUCUCAAAACUGUUGAGCGCCCGCGCAGAUCCCAACCUUCCCGGACCAAAAAUUGUGCUCUGGCCUGCAGUCCACCACCCUGCUAUCCUCGAAGAGCUUCUCACUCACGGCGCCGAUCUGCGCCGCGCACCCGGUGUUCUGGAGCUGGCCACUUCCACUAACUCCACGGAAGCAGUGAACAUCCUCCUUCACCACGGUGCUGAUACCAACGCCAAGAAAGACAACAUUUACACUCCGCUCUGUUCCGCUAUUCGAGAUGAUCGUGAGGCUCUCGUCGAGACCCUGCUCGCGGCUGGUGCAGAUCCCAACCUCAAGGCUCUCGACUGGCCCCUCUUCAAAGCGGUGUCUUAUCAUCGCACGCACAUGAUUCCGCGUCUGCUCGCCGCCGGCGCCGAUCCACAUCACCCCAAGGGUUUGAUCGAAUCUGCCGUUGCACACGAGAACAUGCCAGCGUUGAACUAUCUCCUCCGCCAAAACAUUGAUCCCAAUGCUCGCAACGCAAAGGGCUAUACUGCAUUGACAACCGCGAUUCGCGAUAACCACCCGGAAUACAUUGACGUCCUCCUCGCUCAUGGCGCCGAUCCUUCUGUCCGCGGACAAGACUGGCCCAUUAGUAUGGCAGUCAAGCGCCCCGCCAUCCUCGCCAAGCUUCUACCGCACAUCCAGCCCUCCAAAAUCCUCCCAGGCGCAAUGGAACUCGCCGUCGUCGCCGACCAACUCGAGUCGGUCCGUCUGCUCGUCAACGCGGGGAUGGAUCCCGAGUCGAAGAACGGUGGCGUCUUCUCCCCUCUCACUACCGCCAUCCGCGAGAACCGAAAAGAGAUCUUCCGAUACCUCGUUGACGAAGCGGGUGCAGACGUCAACACUCCCGGUGAGCACUUGCCCAUCAUCAAGGCAAUUCGCCGUCAUCGCGAAGAGGAUCUGAGUUACAUCUCCCACUUACUCGAGAACGGCGCGAACGUGAACCUCAUGUACCGCGGCUGGAACGCCGUGCUGCAAGCGCUGGAGAAUGGGGAUCUGGAAAUUCUCAAACUAUUGAUGGAAAAAGGCCGUCCCGGUCCGGAUCUCGACCAACAAGACGACAGCGGACGGUCGGUGAGAGACAUCAUCCACGAGAGAGAUCUAAUCGAGGAAGAAGAGAUUUUG